CUCCCUCCCUUUGAAAUCCCACCACACAAAAACAAUCCCUUUCAAAAAAAAAAAAAGUCGAAACCCCUUCAACCCUCUGAUCAAUUUUCCCCCUCUCCAAUUCGCCGCAUCAAAACCCCCCAAGCAACCAAUGGAAACCAACACCAACUCCACCGCCCAGCCCGCCGCCGCGGCCUACCCUCCGACCCAGCCACCUCCGCCGUCCUCCGUCGCGGUGCCUCCCUUCCACCACCUCCUCCAGCAGCAGCAGCAGCAGCUACAGAUGUUCUGGAACUACCAGCAAUCGGAGAUCGAGCAGGUCAACGACUUCAAGAACCACCAGCUCCCCCUGGCCCGCAUCAAGAAGAUCAUGAAGGCCGACGAGGACGUCAGGAUGAUCUCAGCCGAGGCCCCUGUCCUGUUCGCCAAGGCCUGCGAGCUCUUCAUCCUCGAGCUCACCAUCAGGUCAUGGAUCCACGCCGAGGAGAACAAACGACGCACUCUCCAGAAAAACGACAUCGCCGCCGCCAUCACCCGCACCGACAUCUUCGAUUUCCUCGUCGAUAUUGUCCCCAGGGAUGAGAUCAAGGACGAGGCUGCCCUCGGCGGCGUCGCCAUGGUCGGGGCCACCGCCAGCGGUGUGCCGUACUAUUACCCGCCGAUUGGCCAGCCGGCUGGGCCGCCGGGAGGGAUCAUGAUCGGGAGGCCGGCCAUGGACCCCACCGGGGUUUAUGCGCAGCCGCCGUCGCAGGCGUGGCAGUCGGUGUGGCAGACGGCGGCGGAGGACGGGUCGUAUGCCAGUGGAGGGAGCAGUGCUCAGGGCAAUCUUGAUGGCCAGAGUUGAAGAGACUAAUUUGUCGACAAAAUGCUGCGUGGCGCGGAAGAAAAGGAAUUGAGCAUUGCAGCAGUUUAUUGAUUGCUUCAAGUUUACUAUUAUUAUUAUUAUUAUUAUUAUUUAAUGAGAUGAUGAUGAUGAUGACAAGAGACUUGUGUAAGACCCUUUUGAUCCAGAGCAGUUGAAAGUUUACUGCCUUGUUCAGUAUAUAUGUGCAGUCUCUGUAAUUUUAGGUUCUCAUGUCGCUAACUGAAUCGGUUUCUUAUUAAUCAAACCUGGUGACUUUAGUGUG